CUUGCUGGGAGCGAGAAGAAGAAGAAGAAGCUAAGGCAGGCUGCGCUGGGACUGAGUCACUGGAGCCCAGCCUCAGAGAAGCAGCAGCAACAACAGCAGCAUGAAAGCAGCCAAGCCCUCUUUGCAACGCUGGCUGGGGCCUCUCUGCUGCUUGGCUUGGCUCCUGGCUUUGGCCAAAGGUGAUGACUGUGAAGUGAAUCAGUGUUUGAAUGGAGGGACCUGCCUCACCGGCAUCGACGACUCUCCUUUCUUCUGCAUCUGUGCAGAUGGCUUCACCGGGAUCAAUUGCAAUGAGACCGAGAAAGGUCCCUGCCACCCCAAUCCGUGCAAGAAUGGUGGUGAGUGCGAACUGGUUCCCAACCGAGGUGAUGUCUUCACUGAAUAUACCUGCAACUGCCCCUCUGGGUAUGAAGGAAAACACUGCCAGAAGAACAUGAAUGAAUGUGCGUCACAGCCCUGUAAGAAUGGAGGGAGCUGCUUGGAUCUCAACGGUGACUAUGCCUGCAAAUGUGCUUCACCUUACCUUGGAAAGACCUGUCAUAUCCGCUGUGGAGAGUCACUGGGAAUGGAGACAGGAGCUAUUGCAAACACCCAGCUCUCAGCCUCUUCAGUGCAUUAUGGCUUUCUUGGCCUGCAGCGCUGGGGCCCUGAGCUGGCUCGACUCAACAACAGAGGGAUUGUGAAUGCCUGGACCUCCAGCAACUAUGACCGGAGCCCUUGGAUUCAGGUAAACCUGAUGAGAAAAAUGAGGCUGUCUGGAAUUGCCACCCAAGGGGCACGCCGUGCGGGACGAAUGGAAUAUGUCCGGGCCUAUAAAGUAUCCUACAGCCUAGAUGGGCGUGAGUUCGUCUUCUGCAAGGAUGAGGAGCAAGAUCAGGAUAAGAUUUUCUCCGGCAACGUGGACAAUGAUGGUACCGUGACCAAUAUGUUUAAUCCUCCAAUCACAGCUCAGUACAUUCGCCUCUACCCUGUGGUCUGCCGGAGAGCCUGCACCGUGCGCUUCGAGCUGGUUGGCUGUGAAAUGAAUGUGUAUUUCAACAUGGCAGGUUGCUCGGAGCCGCUGGGCAUGAAAUCCCACCUCAUCUCUGACCAGCAGAUCACAGCUUCCAGUGUGUACAAAACAUGGGGCAUUGAUGCAUUCACUUGGUAUCCACACUAUGCCCGCCUUGACAAGACAGGGAAGAGCAAUGCCUGGGCAGCCCUCUACAAUAAGCAGGAUGAAUGGCUUCAGAUUGAUCUUCAGCGUCAGAUAAAGGUGACUGGAAUUAUCACUCAAGGGGCUCGUGAUUUUGGCCACAUUCAGUAUGUUGCUGCCUACAAAGUAGCUCACAGUGAUGACGGAAAGUAUUGGACACUUUACAAAGACAACAAAACAAACAGCACGAAGGUAUUCGAAGGGAACUCUGACAACUAUUCUCACAAGAAGAAUGUGUUUGAUGUGCCCUUCUAUGCCCGAUUUGUGCGUAUCUUGCCUGAAUCCUGGCACAACCGCAUCACAUUGCGUGUGGAGCUUCUGGGCUGUGAUGAGUAGUCCUGUGACCAAGGGGACUUGAGAACCGGACUGAUUUCCUCACUCACUUUUGACUAUUUCCCCUCCCUGGAGCCAUGACACUUGCUGUUCCUACACCUCUCCUACUUGUUUUAGCCCAGUGCUGUUUGUAAGAAUCCUGCACCUUGUGAGAGCUGGGGACCAGGGGAGGCACUGGGCUGCCCAAUAUUGUAGAUGGAGCCGGCCUCUAUGUGACUGGGGUACUUCUUUUCCUUGUCUUCUCCCUCAUCCUUAUUUCUCCCCUUUGCUUUCAGAGAAUAUGUGACAGCUUGGCUUUUUCAGGGAUGGCAUCCUUCCCUGCAUUACCAUAGCCUCCUCAGUUUCCAUGGGUCCCUAGCACUGCACUUUAAGAGUCAAUUCACAUGGUGGGACCCUUGCUUUUGUAAACUCCGUUCCAUCUGCCAGGAUCUGAUUUUCCACGAAGCAUUACCAUAUUGAAGACCUAAGCUAUCUUAACAGUCAUUUCUCUUCCCUGGGGUCCCUGGGAACCAUGGUUUGGGAAUGAGAGGGGCUACAACUCAGUAGUAAGAAGUGUUUCACUCUCUUGCAGCAUUUCCUGGAGGAAGCCAUGACGGUUGAACUGGUCUAAGACACAAGACUAUAAUCUAGACACAGCAUAGGUCAUAGACAGAGCUUGUAUAAUCAUCUUUUUUUUCUUUUUGAAAAGCAUGAUCAAAAUCCUAUAUCAAGAAAGACCAAAUUUCACAUUUUGUUUAAAGUUCUGAAUAAUUUAUUCUGCUUUUACAAGGGAGGGAAAGAAGUUGCACAAGGUCCUUCUGUGCUUCUAGAAGUCUUAUGGGUCACCCCCUCUUAGUUCUUGUCAUUUCAUCAGUCAUUGCACAUAUACUUCCAAGUUUAUUUCCACAGCUGCAAGGACCAGGAACUUGGUCUUUCUUCCAGCAGUGAAAGCUGGAUUAAAUUUUAAUUUGUAUUUUCAUCAGUUCCACCUUCACUUGCAUGAACUCUGUAGCACUCUGAUCUUAUUCUCUUCACCAUCAUCCCCCAGUAAAAUUUCUCAGGAUGCCAAAUAUUGGAGAUAGGGUACUUUAAAGGAUGAGCUCCCAGUUUUGUAAAAUACAUUCAGCCCAUGGAGUGGCUUAUAGGGAGCAGCCUCACAUUCUCCCUUUUGCAAAUGGGGGGAAAAGCCAUUUUUACCUAUAAUGCUUAGCUCCUUUGACUCCUGCCACCGAUUCCCUCAAGUGCUCUACAUUGUCAGGUUGGCACUGAGUUCAGGCUUGGUAGAGGCACUAUGAAGAAGCAGGAUUUGCUGAAGCCAUAGAGGGAAAGAAAGGAUAGUUUUUGAAAUUAACAAUCAAUGUUUGGAAACAUCUUUGGACUGCAAUUCCCAGAAUGCCCCCUCCAAGCUGGUCCACAGAUAUACCCCAAAAAAGAUUCCACACUUGGGUUAAAACCAUUGUGGAAUUCCCUUUUGGAAAGUGUAUGUUUGGGUGUUGUUAUUUUUUUUUUGUGGAGGGGGAAGAUACACACACAUGGCUGUUAGUAAGAUAAGCCUAAUAAGAGAGGCUUUGGCAGUGGUGACAUCUGACAUCUGGAAGCAAUUAAACUUGAGCAAAGAAAUAAAAAAGCUAUAGGAUGUCCUGAUGGUGGUGACUGUGGCUUCCCAGUAAGACGCAGUGCUAAGUAAAGACUUGCAGUAUUAAAACAACUCUUAAGAAUUA